UUGAGAGUGUGACUGUACACUGGGUGUCAGUUUGAGAGUGUGACUGUACGGUCAGUGGGUGCGUCUAUGAGUUUGUGCCGGUUUGGAGGUGUGCCUGUAGUCUGUGUGAGGAUAUGUCUCUUUAAAGGUGUUUCUUUGGACCGGGAGCCUACUAGAGGGUGUGCCUGGACUCUGAGGAAGUUCCUGCCUCUCUGAGCUCAGGUAGUGCAGAGACGUCGGGAGGAGGCGGCGGUUCCGCCCCGUACGCCGUGCCAGUGAGCGAGGCUCCGUCCCUCCCCCUUCUCGCCGCUCGCCGGUCGCCGAGCUUGUUGCUCGGGCUGAAGGGACGCCGUGAUCCGGCGCGGAGAGCCGGAGUCUGGGCACACGGGAUGGCAGCGACCGACUGGGACUGGUUUCAGCGGGAGGAACUCAUCGGACAAAUCAGCGACCUGAGGGUACAGAACCUGCAGGUUGAACGGGUCAGGACCCAGAAGAGGACGUUUACACGAUGGAUCAACUUCCACUUGGAAAGGUGCAAACCACCGCUGGAGGUGAGAGAUCUGUUCCAUGACAUGCAAGAUGGGAAGGUGCUGAUGGCUUUGCUGGAGGUGUUGUCUGGGCACAAGCUGAUGCACCAGUACAAGCACUCAAGGCAUCGGAUUUUCCGGCUGAACAACAUCGCCCGAGCCCUGAAAUUCCUGGAGGAUGGCUAUGUGAAGCUGGUCAGCAUCGAUGCCCCUGAGAUUGCAGACGGCAACCCUUCGAUGAUCCUGGGCUUGAUCUGGAACAUCAUCCUUCACUUCCAGAUAAAGGAAGCAGCGGGCCACCUGAAGAUUUUCUCCAUGACUAACAGCCUGUCGUCCUUGCACAAUGGGAAUGAGAGCGACCUGACGAAACAGCCUGCUUCUGUCCAGGAGGCGGUGCCCCUGGCCCCAUACAAGGACCAGAGGAAGGUUAUUAAAGCACUACUGAAGUGGGUGCAGAGGGCAACGGCAAAGUAUGGUGUGGCCGUCCAGGACUUUGGGAGCAGCUGGCGGAGUGGAAUCGCCUUCCUGGCGCUCAUCAAGGCCGUCGAGCCCAGCCUGGUGGACAUGGCGAAAGCGAUGGAGAGACCGAGCCGGGUAAACCUUGAAGAUGCUUUCAAGAUAGCAGAAGACAGUCUUGAGAUCCCACCACUCCUCGAGCCAGAAGAUGUGGAUGUUGAACGUCCUGAAGAACAGUCCAUUGCGACCUAUGUCUCACAGUUUCUGGAACAUUUCCCUUAUGUGGACGAGAACAAUUUGGCAGAAGAUGCCUCUGAAUUGCCAUUGGAAAACUCUUGCUUCAGCCCUGAAGUUAUGCCUUCAAACUUAGGAGUGCAAUAUUCAAGUAAGACCCAGGAAGAAGAACUGAACAGUGUUUUAAACAAUGAAUCCUAUGCUUCAGAAAAUACCAAGGAACCUGUGCACACCUCGCAGAGAGAGGAGAUGGUCGAUGAUCUACCAUCACAUGAUGACGUUGAUCACUUCCUUGUUAACGAGAAUGGAGGCUCUGAGAGAGAAGCAUCUCCUUCAUCCAUUCCCAAUGCCAAUAACUCAACUAUAUAUCAAGAUAAUGGACCGCCAUCAUUGGAUUUGCGCCGCCGAUCCUCGCAGCAUAGCCCCGAGGCUACUGAGACAGUAGAGGAGAUAUUUGUACUGCUGCAUCCAGUGAGGAGAAAGACUUCAACUGGAGAGAAGAUAUUGGUUCUAGAGGAGGAGCCAUCGUCCCCAGUCUCCCAUGACAGCGGCUCACCGGUCUCAGCCAAUGACGUUUUCACAGUUGUACCCAAUGUUGAAGCCUCUGCGUCGUCUGUAAAAUCGGCAGGUGAUGCCUCCUCGGAGACCUCCGUACAGAAAGGCGUCAUGGACUCUUACAAUUCCAGUAACUCUCAACUUCAUUCUUUAUGUCCUGUCGACCUCCGAGCGGAGGCCAGCGCUCCUGCCCAGAACCGUACCGUUUCAGAAUCGGGUACGCAGACAGAUGAGAAGCCAUCUGUUCAGCAGAAUGAGAGGUCCUCCACGGGGAUCAGCUCAAUCCUCCAGGGCGAUGAGAAAGUGUCUGUGAUACCACUCAACCUUGUUUAUUACCCUCAUUACGACGUACCUGUGUCUGAGGUGCUUGAAGCUUUCUCGGUUACCGGUACUUCACAGAGGGAUCUUAUUCCCAGGAUUCAGUCUGACAAAGAACUGUCACCACUUACUGACGAAGCCUAUCAGUCUUGUUCCGAGUUCAGUGGCACAUUCUCACUGCAAGAACUCAGUCCAACCUCAUCUGAUUACGCGCUGUGCUCCCCUGACACUGAUCAAGCAGACACUUUGAAUCAUUCUCGUCCUUCAGAAACUAGAGAGGUUGUUCAGCCAUUGUCUUCCUUGCAAGAGACUGAGACGGCCGAGUUUGUGCCCGAGGUGAAGACUGGUAUUCCCGGCGAACUGGCUGUGGUGUGUCAGGGUGAGCUGUCAGGACAGCCUACACUACACCAUCCUGAUAGACCUUGGGAAGAAAAGUCCUCAGAACCAAACAACGGAGAUCUUCAAGUAUCUGAGGGAGGAUCUCACGCGGAUGAAGAAGAAAGGCGUGAAGGUUCAGAGGAGGUUGGAGCCCAGCAGUGGGACCUGCAGACAAAUCCAAGGGACAGGGCAGAGGAGACUGGAGAAGAGGAGGAGGGCUUGGGCAGUGAGACAGAGCUGGUGGCCAUCGCCAGCUCACAGCAACUCGCAGAACCACAGAGCACCGAGGUUUCAAGCUCAAUAGUUACAAGAAGUGUUGAAGACGUGAGAGAUGCAAACAGCUACGAUCCUUAUGGUCUGGAUCAAGAAUUGCCUGCAGAAGUGGUGGACGAAGAUCAUUUAAAUCUUUGGCAACAUCAUGCAAGUGAGCAAGAUCAGAUGAAGUCACUGCUGGAACUGGGAACACUUGAUGAACACUCCCAUGAUCUACUGAUGUCAGCAGCAGAACAGGACGAACAGCGCGAGGUAUCAGAUUGUCAGCUGCCCUUGAACGAACCAAAAAUAACAGAGCAAACAAGUGUGGAAACAAGGUCAGCCCUAGAGUCUUGCAAUCCAAUUGCAUUGACAUUUGCCAGUCGAGAAGCCUCCAUCGAAAGCUGUGAGGAGACACCUUUAGAUUUGACUGCACAUCCUCAUCUUCUGUACCUGAUCGUUCUGCUUUGGAUGGCCGUGUACUGGAUGAUCAUUCUUCUGCACCUCGACCUGGAGAGGCUGGGGCUCUUUGCAUCCAGUUAAUGUUACCAGACAAUCCAGUCUGCUCUGCUCAUAGCUGACUUGUUUUGCAUUGUUCGGUUUUAUCUUAGUGGAAAAUUUUAAAAACUAUUCUGGAAUGGCAGCCCAUAUUCCGUAGUGAAAUCCCAUUCUUCCAAUGCUCUUAACAAAGAUAAAUGGCUAAUCUUUAUAAUUGUAGCCACUGGGUGAAAUUUGAGAAACUAUUUUCUUUCCAUAAAACAUGAAAGGGUAGAUUCGUGAGAAUGGUCAGAUCAGGUCUGGUUAUUAAUAAAUCCCCAUGCCUAUCUUCAAAGAAACCAGACAAUUGGAUAACAAACCCACGGUUGUACAUAACCGCAUGUGCACAAGAGGUUUGGAGUAAGUGGAGACCUUGUGUCAGUUGGGUAAGAGAAGGAAAGUGACAGUUUUCUUGUACGUGAAGUGAUCUUUUUCUAAAUUAUUUUACUUUUCUGCCUGGUACGUCAUUAAUAAGCUACAAUGUGGGAAGUAAAUGCCAAAACUGAAAAGAAAGUGCAGGGAUGUGAAAAGCUGAUACAUGUGGCCAAGGGUAACAAAACCAAGAUUGAAGAUUUGGGCAGAGUAGUUAGUCAGAUGGGAAUGUUCUGGAUUCUGAACUUCUCAUAGAAAAUGCCUGGAGAACAGGGAUACCAGUCAUCCACGUCCAUUUUCCACCUAUCACGGCUGGGUGCACACAUUUGUGCAUCUACCUAGUAUUCUGUGCAAUAAGCAUAACUCUGUGAUUCUGAUUCCUGUGGCUUCUGAGAUGAUCCACCUUGGUUUCCCCACAAAACUGGCCUUCAAUCCUUCUGUGAUAAAACCUUUAGUAUUACACACAAAAUGCUGGAGGAACUCAAUGGGUCAAGGAGCAUCCAUGGAGAGGAAUAAAUAGUUGAUGUUUCAGGUCAAGUUCCUUCAUCAGGACUGGAAAGGAAGGGUGGAGAAAGCUGGUAUGGUAUCCUAUACCACCAGGUUCAGGAAGCCAGAAGAUAACAGUGCAAUCUGAUCGAGUGCAAAAGGCAAUUAAUUAAACUAAGUCCUCGUGAAGGGUACUGGCCAAAAACAUCAACUGUUUAUUCCUCUUCAUGGAUGUUGUCUGACCUCCUGAGCUCCUCCAGCAUUUAUCUGUGUGUGUGUGUGUUACUCCAGAUUUCCAGUGUCUCUAGAAGCCUUUAAAUUAAAGAAAAAUAGCAGCUGAUCCAGAUUAUGACAAUCUUAUAUUGCUGUUCCAACUCCUCCAUCUCUUGCUGAAAAACACAAAAUAUAAAGAUAAGACUCCAUAGUGGACAAUUGUCUGAACCCUGGUGGUAAAUUAAUAAUAUAAUGACUAAAGCCUGCAGAAUACUUAAAUCCAGGAUCUCUUUCCUUCUCUCUAAUAUUCAUAACCUAUCCAUCAUUGGUUACUUAUUUGCCAGUGGGUGUCCGCCUUCGAUAAAUGUGUAUGUAAUGACACUGAUGAAAUCUAAGGACAAGGCUCGCUUCAGUUUAGUGUCACUUUUGCAACAUGCACAAAGUGCCAGAGCAUCUCAGCAGGUCAGGCAGCAUCCGUGGAGUCACCAAAGAGUCUCGGCCCGAAACAAUGACUGUUUAUUCCCCUCCAUAGAAGCUGCCUGACCUGCUGAGUUCCUCCAGCAUCUUAUGGGUGUUGCUCUGGAUUUCCAGCAACUACAGAAUCUCUUGGGUUUUUGGUUUAGCUUUUCCUUGGUGCAAUCUUUUCCUCUUUCAUCCAGUUGAUGGUAACAAUACUUAAAAUGAUACGUCAGACUGCUGCAGGAAGUAGAGGCUGGGCCUUUGCUGUUCGUGUAGCUAAUGUACAAGUACUUCUGAAUGGCAUUUUAUGCCUGUGCGUCUGUGUUUGUGCAGCCUGAGACAGAUCUGAUUUUACUACUGAAGCAGUCUUACUGUUACCUUGUGAGCGUAAGUUUGUUUUUAACCUCUUCCUCCCCACACAGUGGAGACAUCCUCUAUAUCUAUUGGAUUUUUCCUGUUAAGCAGCAGUAAGGGAACCGAAGUUAUUUUCAAAACGUGUAGAUAGUUCGAGCCGGGUGGCAGGGUCUUUUACGAAGGUUACAUCUUGUACCCAGGAUGUGCCCUGUAAGAUUUAUAAACCUUUUCUCUAAAAUUACCGCAAGUCCUGUGUAACACCAUCGUGUGCUUAAAGGUCUGUGCCUGCUUCACUGACAGGCACAUUCCUAAGCUGUGACCCCACCCUCCCACCCACACACCACCUCCCUCACUUGCUGUCACAUCCUGAUGAAGGAUCUCGGUCCAAAACAUCAACUCUAUUCCCCCUGCAUUUUGUGUGUGUUACUCUGGAUUUCCUACACCUUCAGAAUCUCUUGUCUUCCUGUCAGCCUUAUCGAUGUUGGAUCUGGUUAGGGGCAGGGUAUUCCCAACAGGAUAUGUACAGUCUCUGCCUGAAGGAACAGUGCCAUUCUGUAACAUUCAUGGGUUACUAGAGAUGUUCCAUGACUACCAGUUAUCUUGACCAAUCAGCAGCUUCGAGAAUGAGUAUAGCACAUCAUGCCCUGCAGAAUCUCUUGUGUUUAAAAUCUCGUCUGCACCCUCUCUAAAGCUUCCACAUCCUUCCUGUGAAGUCGCUCGCAAAGUCAGUGAGGAUGGCUGGUGGCCACUCUCCUUGCUCCUGUUUCCCUCUUCCGUCACUGCAAGCACUCAGAGCACUGGAGGGACUCAGUAGAUCAGGCAGCAUCGAUACGGAGAGGGGGACUGUUUCCAUUUCAGAACCCUUGAUGGGUCUCAGCCUGAAACAUCGACUGUCUGUAUCCCUUCACAGAUGCUGCCUAACCCGCUGAGUUCCUCUGGUACUGGUCUGCAGGUGGAUACUGGAGGCUCAUGGCAGUGUUACAGAUAUUUGAGGCUCGAACAGACACUGCUGAGUUCUAUAGCUAAUGUAUUAAGAGUACUGGCAGGUACAGUAUCAAGUGCUCCAUGUUUGAUUUUUAAAUCCAAUGAGAUGAAUUUAAUCUAUUUUUAGUGGACCAAACAUAAUGUCAUGAAAGCUUUGGUGUCAUGGCUGCUUUCCAGUUCUGUUGGGUUAAGGGUGGUUUGUGGUUAAAGUUGCUAAAUUGUACUUGGACAUGGAGUUUUAUCUGGUCUUGCUGGGAAGAACUCUGAAAAUUCCUGGAAGUGCCUGUAGGUCAGGGGAUGAUUCCAGAGUAGGCUUCAAUUAAUCUCGGGUGAGCAAGAAACCAGUUACUGAGUGGGUCUGUCAUCUAUGGAAUGACUCUGGGGUCUCCGGAACUUUCAGCUAAGAACGUUCUCUUGGCACGUCAAACAAAGAAACGAUUUCUCAAUCAGGGCAUCAUGUUUAGUGUGGGACUUUUGGCAAUCUUUUCACCACAGCCUGGCUGGUAGAGUCACUGUCUGAUUUAUUUCCUUUUGUUUUUGCAGUCACCUCAAGGCGAGCAUAUUCUGAGGGCUGUGCCGUCCAGGCUAAUUUCUCCCCUGUUGUCCAGACCUCUGACUUGCUCAGCUGUUUGGGUUAAAAAACUAAUAAAGGAAGUGGCUGUCUCGUACCAUCGUCCUGUAGGGGUCAGUUGUACAUUCCUCGACAGAAGGGAUAGUGUGGCCCAGAGGCUGGCCCUCCACAGGGUGUGCUUUCUGACUCAGAAAUCUAGAGACAUCCAUCAUUUAUAGUUCUUGAUAGAAGCUGGUUGACUUGGCAGUCUUUCAACUCGAUGUUAUUAGUAAAAUUAUAUGAUGAAUCUCAAAAUCAAAUAUUUUCACACAAAUAUUGAUAAUAUUUCCAUGAGAUGAUGUACAUUUUUGGAAUAUUCUGUAAAGAAAAUUAGUUUAUGUGAAUAGAAUUUUGUUCAAACUGUUUAAUAAAAAUCUUUAAA